UCCAGACACUCUGUGCUGGGCCAGCCACAACAGAGCGACCUCUCUCUCUCUCUCCCUUUCGCUCUCUCAGGCUCGGCUCUUCUUUCAGCGUCCCGCCCUCAAAGGGUUAAGCGGCCGCUGCCUGCCGCUCUUUGCUAGACGGCUGAGUUUCGAGGAAGGAGCUGUUUGAGGCAGGCGUCGCUGCGCGCUGCUGUUGCCGCUGCUCUUGCAGCCACCCGCUUGUGAAACCCGCCAGGCAGGCUCGCUUUGGGAAGACGGGGGGCACCCAUCUGCUGCAUCGAGGAUCUGCUUUGGGGAAAGAGGGGGAAAAGAAAGAGGGAGAGAGAUUUGCUGGCCGGAGGCGGAGAAGAACGAGGCAUUUGGUCAUGCUCGGCUGUCUUUUGCAUCUUGGCGCUCUGGGUUGAAUGACCGGCUGGACAGCGGCUCCAGAAGAUCCCUCCGCUGGGUGCUCUUCGGCGAGAGAAACCUCUCUUCGGCGGCCGCGGUGGAAGCCGGAGAUUAUGAGGACGGCGAGCGUGGCUCUUGCCAGCUAUGGAACAAAGCCAGACCUUGGCGGUGAUCCUUAAAUCAGUACAAUGCAGGAAUCGAGCGGCUGCCCUCGCCACCUUCCUGACCCAGUGGGGUUUGGGUGAGCUCCAGCGAGAGGAGAAACGCGGCGCACUCUCGUCAGGUAAAGCGAAUUCUUUUUCCUCGCUGCCUUCGUGCUGCAGGCGCCACCAUCUGAGAUGGCUGGAUGGAUGGAUGGGGAGAAAGAACUCGGGCCAUUUCAUUCGCCCAGGGUUCCAAGUUUCAUUCGGGGGGAACCAGAGAGGUGUGCAAGGUUAGAUUCGUUGUGACUCCGGAGAGCGCGAGAUAGAGAGAGGUGGAGGAUGUGGAUUCUCUCUCCAUAGGCAGGAGGAGUUGUGUAUGCAUGGGGGGGGCAUAAUAAUGAUAAUGAUAAUAUAUCUGCGAUCCUGAAAGUACCUACUCCAGAGUAGUCCCCUUCAAACAAACCAAUGACAGUUCGGUUUCUGCAUGGCAGAUUAAGUUUGGUGGUGCCAGUUCAAGUACACACACAAACACAUUUUCUGGGUGAAUUAAUGACGGGGUCUCCUUUCCAGUGCCCCCGACUCUCGCGCAAAAAGGUCCACGUGGGUGGAUUCUGAUAGCUUCUGUAAAUCAGGCCGUUCCGUGCCUUCAAGUUCAAGUUCUCAAGCCUUGAGGUAGUGACAAUCUGUGUGUGUGUGUGUGUGUGUGUGUGUGUGUGUGUGUGUAACGUUUCAAAACGGUGCCUCUGCUCCGCCGGUUCGUCUUUUGCGUCCGGAACCUGUGCGCCUUUACGCGCAAGGAAGCACAGGCGAGUUCAACGGGACUUUACGUCCCUGACAAAUCUGCACCAGAUCGGGCUGCAAGAGUGAUGGGCAAGGCUUUGAGAAAAGCAGCGUCCUCCCUUCUCUCUCCCCCUGCCCGUGCAAAAAUAAGGAUCCAGAAUCAAUCGAUUGGAGAGCUCUGAGUGGCUUAUCCCCACCCCACCCCCACCCCGUGCUGCCUGCACUCCUUCCUUUUAGCUCCCCUCCCCAUUUUAAUCCAAAUCUACUGCUGACGGAAACAAACCUCCUUUCUUCCCCCAUCAGUCAAUCACUGUCUGGCAAAUGUCUUUCCUCCACCACCCCCUUUUCGCCUCCGCAGAAGAGGGGUGCGGGAGCGUUAGGGCUGAGUUAACUCCUUCGAGUCCGGACCAUAGCUGCCAAGUUUUCCCUUUUCUCGCGAGGAAGCCUAUUCAGCAUAAGGGAAAAUCCCUUUAAAAAAGGGAUAACUUGGCAGCUAUGGUCCGGACCCUCAUUCAUUCCGAGUUACCGUGAUACUCUCCCGCACCGUCUUGAUUUCGCCGAGACUCUCCCCCCCCCCUCCCGCUUUCCUCUCCAGCGGCGAUCCUGCUUUUGUGAUAACAGUGUGACCUGCUCUCGUCAGCCGUUCCGUUUCAGAGCCUGGCUAGAUGAUCCCUCUGACUUUCUUCUCCGGGGUCUGCGCACCAGCAUUUUCAUUUUUCGAAGGGGGCGGGGCUGGACCCCUUCAGCGGGUUUAGCAGUUCCUCCGUCUUGGAAAAGUACAUAGAUUGCAGGCUGUGAACCCCGCGAAAGCCAUGCCAGGAAUGAACGUGCCAUGAUCCCCAAGCUCACAGAUGGGCUGUGAGAGAGAGAGAGACAGAGAGAGAGAGAGGGGGACAUACUUUUUGGUCUGUGCCCAGGCGUUGAUAACACUGUGUCUCAUCAGGAACACAGGAAGUUGCCUUAGUUCAGUAGCGUCUACAAUGACUGGCACCAAAUCUCCAGGGUAUUAGGGUUUCAGUCUCCUCCAGCCCUGCCUUGAGAUGCCGGGGAUUGAACUUGAGAUCUGCGCGCAAAGCGGGCGCUCUGCUACUGAGCCACAGCCCUUCCCUCCUUGAGCUGAUUCCAUUUCUCCGUGUAAACUGGGCAAUAUCAUAGCCCUCUGCUUUGGAACAGUCAUGCGUGCUACCGUCCCUUGCCAUUUUCCUCCGUUUGGGGAUGUGCCUUCGGAGGUAGUUUAGGCCGUGUCCAAAACGCCCAACGCGUCUGUAUGCCCCGCCAACACAUUGCUGGGAAUGGGUGGCUGAGGCAAGGACAGCGAGCGUGUGGCUUGUACGGGGGAAACGGAAAUACCUCUAACCGGCUCUUGGAGUCAAUAGGACGUUUCGCUCAAGGGAAUUCUCAGUAGUUAGAGUCGAGGCCUGCUUCACUCCAGCGUCUGCACUUGGGUUUAUUUAGCUUACACUUGAUGGCUGUCUGCGGAGGGUGUGAACUAGCUCCGUGGAAAAGCCUCGCGCUUGAGGCCAUGUGGGCUUUCUCUUCGUGGCGUUGGGUCUGUGGUGGCCCACUCCACUCACACGUUCAAGGCACCCUUUUGCGUGGCAGUCAUGAGAAGGCAGGUAUGAAACCCUCCCUGUCCCUGCAAAUGAACCAGGAACGAGUUCGCGACACUAGUGUCAAUCCACUCGGCUCUUUAGCUCUAGAACCUCGAGUCCAGAUGCUCGGAGGAGGGAAAAACAAGUUAGCAUGGAAAAACAAAACAAAAUCAGGAGUGGUUUCAAACGCUUUUUUAAUAAAAAAAAAACUACCCCCUCUUCCAAAAGAAGAAUCUGUAGGAUCCCUGAAAUUGACAAACUUCACCGAGUUUCCUCCCUCCCUGGUGCUCAAAAUUAAUGUCAGACAUGCAACCCGAUACUAUAUAUUCAUUAUUACCAGCAAAAUCUUGCAGGUACAGUCGCCUUUUUUCUCUCCCUCAGCUCCAUUUUAGUCUGGUGAAAAUGCGCCCUCCGUGCAGUAGCCGAAAAUUUAAAUAAAAGGGGUUUACUGGCUGCCUCCCUCGCAAAUGUAGCAUUUGGGGUUGGAGGUUAUUUUUCCAGUUAUGAGGCAGAGACGCCUAGAUUUUCUUCAGUCCUUUAGAAAAGUCAAGAUAACACAAAACAGAUCUCUUCCUUCUCCGGGGAUCGGCUGAUGUAUUUAUUGAUUUUAUUUUGACAGGUAAAAGUUAAAAGGAGGUGGUGGUGGGGAUCCCACCGUAGGCUGCAGGCAUGUGAAACAGCACCGCUAUGGUGAACAUUCUGCCUCUUUCCUCCCUUCCCCUUUCCUAAUGACUACAAUUAAUUCAUUUUAUCCCAGCAAAGGGAGUUCCUUCCUUUCCCUGAAAGCUCAGAGCAGGAUAAACCAAGUGGCUUUUUUUCCUUAAUAGUCGGGAUCCUCAGGGAAAAAAAAGAGAGAGAGCCAGAAAAAACUCAAAUCUUAUCCUGCCUGCCAUGGAAGCCCUGCUGAUGUUUUUGUCGGGGAGCCUCUAUUGGGGCAAUUAAAGCAGCUAAUGACAGGCGCGCGCGCCCGCAAGUCCAGAGCCGAGCCGAGAAGUAGAUCAGGCUGAGCGCCUAAUACGCCGCUUGGUGCUGUUUCCCGUAUUCUAUCUGAUAGCUGCGCGCAGAAAGGGGAGGAGGGGGAGAGACUCCUAAUAAGAAUCGAGGCAGAAGCGCCUCUUUGGCUAAAGAACUUGACGGUGAAGGGUGGGUUAAAUAAUUAAGGAGGCGGGGGGGGGGGGAACCCGAGCCCGAGUUUGCCUCUUGGAAAGCUUUCAGGUUGCAGCCCUGCCUUCCAAGCAUUCUUUAAACUCGCCAUGUGGGAGGAACUCCGGGAGAGAGAGAGAGAGAUGGCUAUCAAACCGAAUUCAUUACUGUAAACAUCUCCCUGGGGUGUCAGGCGAGCAAAAGGGAGAGGGAGGAGAGGGAAGGUGGGGGAAGAGAGAGAAGGGCUCGGCUGCCAUUAGAGUCCGAUCGGAGAUCUCCUGACGCCCAGGAUCAACCUGCCAGCGCGGCUGGACUUUCCGAGCCCAGAGGCGAAAAAGGCGCUCGAGCGCGCAAGCGCUCACGUCUGCAUGCGCCCGGCGCCCCAGGAGGUUUCUGGGGUGCUGCUCGCCUGCGCUUCCUCCUCGUGGGAUCCCCUCUCUCCUGAGCUCUGAGGACCGAGGGGAGAAAGGCCAGGGGAAAACAACCACACCAAACUGUUCUCUGCAGGCGGAUUAGAGCUCGCUUCUCUCUUCCGGACGUCUCUGUUGAUUUCGAGUUGUUGGCGUCCCUCUCUGCCUGGUGUGUCCUCUCUCUCUUUCUCAUUGAGAGGUGGGGACCGAGGAGAGAGAGGGGAAGAGGUGUGCGCCUUUGCGCUUGCCUUCUCGGGGAUGCUGAAGCCCCGGGCUGCGCGUUGGAGGCGAAAGGAGGAGGAUGUUGCCGCUGCCUCGUAAGCGGGGAAGACGGAAGAAAGUGCCGCGCUCGCUCCGCAGAGCAAAAGCAGCAGCAGGCGGCGGCCCCGGAGGCAAGCGCCGCCCGCAACCUGCGGGAGAGGGCAGCAGCAGGAGGCGGAGGACGACGACGACCCCACCGCGGCGAGGGGGCGAUCCCACCUUUGCUGCUCUCCCAGCGCCUCGGAGAGCAACGUUACUGCUGCUGCUGCUGUGGCGGCGGCCGCCAAAGUUUGGGUGGUCUUCGCUGGAGGGGGAGAGCAGAGGCUCCCCGGGGAUUAUGCGCACCCGAGGACGACGCUUCAGGAUCGGAGCCUGCAGGGAAUCAGAUCUAGACUCUGCGGCAGCAUCACACACCCAAGAUAAUGCAGUGCCUCUGUGGCAGACCCAGAUUUCUCAAAUCCAGCCUCAAGCUAAAAUGAACGCCUUGCCGACUGAAGGAAGCUGAGGACCCUGUCACCGCAGUGAACAGAAGUACUAAUCCAGCCGUCCUGUCCGUCUCUGGUUGACGUUUGGCACCUUGCUCUGGGUUACCUGUACGGGACACAGUUACCUUAGCAUUCAGCAUACAUGGAGAGAGGCAACAACAUGUGUAAGCCUGGCUAGCAGGACAGCGACUUUCCAAGUGAAAGGCCAUCCAAUUCUAAACGGAUUAUUUUGCAUUUGGCCUCUGGGACGUUACCUCUUACCUGCAUAGAAACGCAGCAUCUCUUUCCAUUUUUUUUUUACUUCUUUUUGCUAGCAUUUCCCCCCCUUUUUUCAGUAUUUUGUUUCUUCAUUUAGAAAUGGGCCCGUGGACUAGAAUGUGGCCCGUGGACAGGGUUGUUUUCUUUAAAUCAUGGCUUGUCUUUUCUCUGGUCCUCUCCAUGCAGUUCUCCAAAGCUCUGGCCUGUCCAAGUGUGUGCCGCUGUGACCGGAACUUUGUCUAUUGUAAUGAGCGAAGUUUGACCUCAGUGCCUCUUGGGAUACCGGAGGGUGUAACUGUACUCUACCUCCACAAUAACCAAAUUAAUAAUGCUGGAUUUCCUGCAGAGUUGCACAAUGUCCAGUCUGUGCACACAGUCUACCUGUAUGGCAACCAGCUGGAUGAAUUCCCCAUGAAUUUGCCCAAGAAUGUCAGGGUUCUCCACCUGCAGGAAAACAACAUCCAGACCAUUUCGCGGGCUGCUCUAGCACAGCUCUUGAAACUGGAAGAGCUGCACCUGGAUGACAAUUCCAUCUCUACCGUAGGGGUUGAGGAUGGGGCAUUCCGGGAAGCUGUUAGCCUCAAGCUUCUAUUCUUGUCCAAGAACCACUUAAGCAGCGUGCCUGUUGGCCUUCCAGUGGACUUACAAGAACUACGAGUCGACGAAAACCGCAUUGCCAUCAUAUCAGACAUGGCCUUCCAGAAUCUCACAAGCUUGGAACGUCUCAUAGUAGACGGCAACCUCCUUAACAAUAAAGGCAUUGCAGAUGGCACCUUCAGCCACCUAUCCAAACUCAAGGAAUUCUCUAUAGUACGGAAUUCACUAACAUACCCUCCCCCUGAACUCCCAGGUACAAACCUGCUUAGGCUUUCUCUACAGGACAACCAGAUUUCACACAUACCACUUUCAGCCUUUUCAAACCUCCACCAGCUAGAGAGACUCGAUAUUUCCAACAAUCAGCUCCGGAUGCUGUCCAGAGGUGUCUUUGACAACCUUCGCAACUUGAAACAACUCACAGCAAGGAAUAAUCCCUGGCUAUGUGAUUGUAGUAUUAAGUGGGUCACCGAAUGGCUCAAGUUAAUCCCUUCCUCUAUCAACGUGCGAGGGUUCAUGUGUCAAGGACCGGAGCACGUCCGAGGCAUGGCGGUCAGGGAACUCAACAUGAAUAUGUUGUCAUGCCCCACAACCACCCCUGAUCUGACGCUGGUUACCCAAGCUCCCUCUACAUCCCUGCCAACCACAGUAACCCCUACAUCACCGGUCUUUACACCAAGUAACAAACACACUCCUCUUCCCCACACUGUAGCCACACUCCCCACUGUGCCUGAGAGGGACGAAGAAGAAAAAGUGACCCCUCCCAUUACUGAACAGUUCCAACUUUUCAUCCACAUUGUGAAUGACACUUGCAUCCAAGUCAGCUGGCAUUCCCUUUUCAACGUGAUGGCCUACAAACUGACCUGGGUUAAAAUGGGCCACAGUCUGGAAGGCGGCAUCAUUCAGGAACGGAUAGUUAGUGACAAGAGGCUGAACAUUAGCUUGGCGAGCCUAGAGCCCAAAUCCACAUAUCGGAUUUGCUUGGUCCCCUUGGAUGAUUUUAAUAAUUACCGAGUUGGCGAGGACACCGUCUGCUCUGAAGGCACUACCAAGGCUUCCCUGCUGAGCAAUGGAAGCAACACGGCUUCCAGCCACGAACAGACCACUUCUCAUAACAUUGGGUCCCCGUUUCUCUUGGCAGGCUUGAUCGGGGGGGCCGUGGUGUUUGUACUGGUGGUCCUGCUCAGCAUCUUCUGCUGGCACAUGCACAAAAAGGGACGCUACACCUCUCAGAAAUGGAAAUAUAACCGGGGCCGGCGGAAAGACGACUACUGCGAAGCAGGGACCAAGAAGGACAACUCCAUCCUGGAGAUGACGGAAACCAGCUUUCAGAUUGUCUCCUUAAAUAAUGAUCAGCUCCUUAAAGGAGAUUUCAGACUGCAGCCCAUUUAUACCCCAAAUGGGGGCAUUAACUACACAGACUGCCACAUCCCCAACAACAUGCGCUAUUGCAACAGCAGUGUCUCAGACCUGGAGCACUGCCACACGUGAUAGUUGAGGGGGUUGUGUGGCGAGACACCUGACGCUGAGAGCAGAAACUCAGAGGGAGGAAAACAAAACAAACCGACUCACACAAAACAAACAAAACAAAACAAAAAUUACAUUUGAUAAAUGUUACACAGAUGCAUUUGUGCAUUUGAAUAAUCUGUAAUUUAUAUGGUGUACUAUAUAAUGGGAUUUAAAAAAAAGUGCUAUCUUUUCUAUUUCAAGUUAAUUGCAAACAGUUUUGUAACUCUUUGCUUUUUAAAAUCUUAAAAGAAAAAUAUAUUGCUGAAGUACUGUACAGGGUUGUACAAUAAGAACCCAAUGCCAUGGCAAAGGAAAGAACACCUCAUUCUUCAAACAUUAACCACUUUGCUUUCUUGGAGCUGUUUGGGGGAUAGCAGCUCGUACAUUUUCCAGUAGUUUUAGGAGAUAAGUUUGUAUUAAAUGAGGAAUCAUGUGGAAUGUCUAAGGUAGAGCAAAUGACAGGAGAAAUACAAAUUAACCUCCUCUUUUGGUUCAUAAAAUCAGAGUAACUCAUGUUAAACUUAGUUCAUCACUACUACCUGCCUCUGUACUUUAAACCCCCCCCCCCCAAAAAAAAAAGCCAGAAAAGAAAUUAGGGCCUUUUUGGUAUCAAACACUAUGAAUCUCCACUAUUGUUUAUGUUGAUAGCUUUUCUUCCCCCACAGGAUGUUCUUAAUGCAUCUGUCCCUCCUCACAAAAGCUGAUGUGAAAAUAUUCAAGGCAAAAUCUUUGUUUUUGAGUUCUCAUAAAAAUCAGGACAUUUUUUUAAAAAAAAGAAAAUCCUGACCAGUCUUGUCAGAACUUUUAGUCUACAUUCAGAUUUUUAUAUUCUUAUUCCACCCCCCACCCCCCAAAAAGCACAUUUAUUUAGUUCUGGCCAAGACCAGAACUAAAGUUGGCCUUGAAUUUAUUGAAGAGUAUUCAUUCCAGCAAUCCAAACAGAUGUGGUUAAUUGGCCAGAGCAGCAAGCAAUGCCGAUUCUUGUCACUAGAAGUAUAAUCCAAAACGCUCUUAACAAAAUAGAGGAAUUCAUGUUGAUAUUUCUCAGCUUCACAUCUAUCCCUGGCUAACUCAGACUGAAAUCUGAUAUACAUGUACAGUACCUGGGAGUAAGGCCCAUUGACCUCAACGGGGCUUAAUUCUGGGCAGACAUGGUUCGGAUUGUGCUCUAAAAGACAAAACAUUUUUUUUUUACUUCACUCACUGAAGUUAGCCUGCUCCGUGAGGAGGAAAGUGAAUCCUGUGAGGCAUUUAAAGCAUAUAAACACUUCAGUGUGGAGUGUUCCAAAGUUCUCCAGAGAGAUAAAAUCAUCAGGCCUAAGUUCAGUUUUAGCCGGGCAGAAGAUAAUGUGUCAAGAAAAAGAUUCAGUUAAAUAUGUUUUAAAGGAUUUGUGAGGCGCAUGUCACCUUAAAUGCAUUCCACAUCCUUUGACAAUCCCACUUUGGUAGAACGUGUUUGGUCCUUGAGGCUACAGCAGUACUCCCAGUUUUGUCUGAUUUCCACCAAUAUUAUUUUGAGAAUGUUGUACCUCUGCAAAUGACAUCCUGGGAAUGUAUGCUGUACAGUCCCUAUUAAAAUGAAAAAGAAAGUGACCCAAUCACUCCUCCCUUUAAAGCUUGAACACACCCACAUAAUCCCAAAAUACGUGAGAUCAGAGCACAAAAAAAUCAUAAAAACAAAUUCUAUUCAUAGCUGCCAAGUUUUCCCUUUUCUCGCGAGGAAGCCUAUUCAGCAUAAGGGAAAAUCCCUUAAAAAAAGGGAUAACUUGGCAGCUAUGAUUCUAUUACUUGCUUUCCUUGACUUAUAUUGAUUGGGGAGAUAGAGCUUUUAUCAAAACCUUCUCCUGACAUCAGAAAGACCAGACACAAGUUGUCCUCUCAAUUAAAAUACAUUUUAAUUGAAAAGUUAACCACAAUUACUUUUGAGAAACUGGAAUUACUUAAGGGGUUGAGCUGAGGGGGGGAGUUAGUACUUGCUCUACUCAGUCUCUUGUUCAUCACAAAACUGAAUUCUGCACACAGCUUCUUCAGUUCCUUGACAAUCUUCACCCGCCACUCCAAGGAGAUUGAUCAGCACUUUGGCGUACGAAGGCAGAGUACAAUCACUUCCUGAGGAAUUUUGUCCUUUCCCACCCAACACCUUUUAUAACCACAUUUUGGAUUUCCAUUCUAUAUUCUGUAUAUUUGCUAUUUUCUCCAGCUAUAACAGGUAUUUUAGGCAACCUGUGUGGCUACUGUAAUAGUGAAGUCACUGAACCUUUGCUAAAUAAAAGGCUGCCGUAUGGUUUGAAAUGGUGUAAUUUUAGCUAGAAACCUUUAUGCAAAGCGUUUUCUUUUUCUUUUGGCUAUAUAAGCUGUUUGGCUGUUGACAAAAGGAAAUUCUUUUUAAACAUAAAUAGCGGUAUAACUCUCCACAGUGGAAAAGUAACUUAUGUGUGUGUGCAUAAGGAAUCAUAGAACUCUAGAGUUCGAAGGUAACCCAAGGGUCAUCUAGUCCAACCCCCUGCAAUGCAGGAAUCUCAGCUAAGGCAUCCAUGAUAGAUGGCCACCCAACCUCUGUUUUAAAACCUCCAAGGAAGAAGAGUCCAGUACCUUCCAAAGCUUUUACUGUCAGGAAGUUCUUCCUGAUGCUUAGUCAACUGGUGCUUGUUGCAAACAUGCUCAACAGGGGUUACAUUUAAUCUACCCCGAUUUAAUAUAUAUAUUUCAUUUCAGCAGAGAGAUGAAUAAGAACUGGUUGGCACUAAAGGUGUCACAGCGCUACUGGCUGAAUAGUCUAGGAACCAGUUUCCUUUUUCUUUUUUAAGGCUACAAAGGGUAAACGUGGCUGAUGUUCAAAUGUAUGACUGAAAGACGAAAAGUUAAGUGUAGAAAAUAUCAGCUGCAUGUUAGUCCUCGUUGCUCAGUAAUGCAGGCACACACAAAAUUCAACCACGGAUGUGCUGUUCCUUCUCACAGAUCAAUAAUGUGGUCAUGGUGAUGGAUAAGCUCAGCCUUUGGUAUUAAAGUGAAGUGUCUAGACAGGAAGGCUGUUUCAAGGCCCACAUAAUCUCGGAGGCCAUGCAGAAAGGGAUCCAUAAUCUAAACUAGUGCUGUGCUGAAAUCCAAUUACUCAAAAGUUUUAUUCUCCUGGGAAAGAGGCUUCCCUUUUCCACCCACAUUAUUAGGGCACUAUAGACUUUCUUUAGAAUGUCUCUGGGAGUUCAGUAGGUAUGGAGUUCUCAGUUUAACUUAUUUCUGUGAGGUGACGGUGUGCGUGUCUUUCUUCCCAGUAAACAUUUCUCCAGCACUUUGCAGCUUCCCUGGCUGAUUCAGCUUCCUAAUAUCAAAGAAGCCCAAAUGGGAACGUUAUGACACAACAUAUUCCCCUUAAUAAAAGUGUAGAUGUUCAGGGAAGCUGCAGAGACCUAUUACUAUAACUCAUUUAAUUUAUUACCCAUUCUUCACCCUAAGGUAGGUCAUGGCAAUUUACAAUAAACAUUAAAAUCACAUUACAAUCACAAAAGUAGGGUGGAUCCAUAUAUCUCAGGUGUCAAUGGUCCUGGUGUCAACGGCCCAGUUCACUGAAAACUGGAUAGUGAAGGUGCCAGGUGCAACUCUGUGAGGAGGGAAUUCCACGACUUAGGGACUUCCACAGAGAAUGCCCUCCCAUGUGCCAUCACCACCCUGAGCUUCUGAAGACAGUGAAACUAUCUGGUUAUUUCAAGACUGAAAAGGUCUCACAAACAUCCCCAGCCACCAAAAUAGCAAGUUGACCAUGGAAAACCGCUGCACCCCACCCAUGAUAAUUUCACUGAUUUCCCCCCCCCUUUGAUAAUUUUUAAUGCAAUUUCUUUUCUCUAUAAUUGAUUGUUGUGGGAGGAGGGGAGAGAACGUGGGUGAAAUCUUCUGAACUGAAAACAUAAUGCUGUCACAAGUCAGGAGUCACAUGAACGUGAUGUUUCAGAGCUGUUUUAAUUCCAGAUCAGCCCCCUGUCCAUAGUGGCUGGCAUGCCUCAUAAUAUAAGCUCUCUUCAGGAAAAAGCCUGAAGCAUUUAGUAAAUGUGGGGACACCUAAAGACCCUGCCCACAACAUCAAUGUGUCCCACUGACUCUGCACUGACCUUCAUGUGCUCAGAGUAAUGUCUGAAGCAAGCAUGGCAUAUGUAUACACUGUGCAUGCCAAUACUCUGUGUGCCUGGGCCCAUAGGCACUCUCUUCAGACCGUUGCCAAAUGCAUAAAGGCCAAGGUAUAUGUGGAGCUGGUGGAUACAGAGAUGAGAUGCAGGCUCCAUCCCAUCUUCUGAAGAGGCCCUUUCCAAGCCAAGCCAAAUUCAACCAGCCUUCCCACCCACCUUCCUCACUACUCAUCUUCGGUCCUCAUCCUCUUUUGUUUUUAAACUCACAUAUCUGUCUUAGGUGGCUAGCAGUAGUGCUCCAGUGGUGGCAAGCAUCCUCAGAGAGAUAGAAGCUGGAGUGGAGCUUGCAUAGAAUAUUUUAAAAGCAUAAGAGAAUUCCUGAUGGAUCAGGCCAAAGCUCAUCACUGCAUUUUCAUGGUGGCCAAUCAGAUGUCUAUGGGGAGCCCUCCAGCAGAACCUGAGGGUAAUAGCACUCUUACCAUCUUGGAUUAAAAUUCAAGCCAUCAAAUAAUUUGGACUCUGAAUACAUGCCUUGUGCAUGACAAUCCCUUGAAACUCAUAUCCAGGCACUGGAAAUACAUGUUCUGGUUGCAUCUCUAAGGUCAGGUACUAUAAACUAUUUCAAUUAGAGAACAAGUUCAAGCCUUCCUACAUUGGGAUAGGGAGGGCCUAGGCCAGCCUUGAGUCCCCAGAUGUUGUAGGACAACAACAUCAUUCCCUAGUCUGAGGCUCCAAAUUUGAUAAAAGCCUGGUCUAUACUAUUACUCCA